UUAAUCAAAAGACUAGUAGUAUCUUCAGAGGUCAACAAUCAGCUGACUGCUUUUAGAUACAGUUUAGACGGAGCGAGGAGUUCCAGUUUCGGGUAAACGUUAUCGCUUGCGUAUCGAUCCCACCAUGUUAACGAAGACCAUCCUAAUCACGGGCUGUAACCGUGGCCUGGGACUAGAAAUGGUCACGCAAUUGUUAUCGAAUCCGGCUUGGAAGCCCGACAAGAUCAUUGCCACUUGUCGCAGGCCCCAAGAAGCGGCUCAACUCAAUGCUCUGGCCGCUCAAAAUCCAACUCAAUUAAAGGUCCUGCCUUUGGAAGUGACCGACUAUCAAGGACUGCCAUCAUUUGUUGAGUCAGUCAAGGCUGAAUUGGGAUCCGAUGGCUUGGGUUGCUUGAUUAACAACGCCGGAUUUUCGCCGGGCAUGACCCGGCUCACCACGGUCCAACCGGAACAGAUGAUGGAGACCUUUAACAUUAAUACGGUCGCACCGCUGAUGAUCAUUAAAGCAUUACUGGGAUUGCUCAAAGAGUCAAAUGGGCACAAUCAAGGCAAUGCUUUGCAGCAACCUCUAAUUGUGAACAUAUCCAGCAUUUUGGGAUCCAUUGCGGAGAAUAAUGAAAACGCUGGAAGCAUGUCAGGGGGCGUGUACCCGUAUCGGGCCAGUAAGGCGGCGUUGAAUAUGAUGACCCGGAAUGUGAGUUUAGACCUGGCCAAGAAUCAAGGCCAAGUUCAAGCCAUUUGUAUUCACCCGGGUUGGGUUCAAACCGACAUGGGCGGGCCCAACGCACCUGUCACACCGCAACAAUCCAUCCAGGGGAUUCUCACCUUUUUAGGAGCUGGCAUCUCCCAGGAACAAAAUGGCAAUUACUUUGAUUUCGAGGGCAAGGCCAUGGAUUGGUAAUAUAAGGAUCGAGCGUAUCCAUGCGUCCUAGAUAUUGCAUUCAUCUUAAUUCAUGUCUUACCAGAAUGGUCAAAUUAUUUUAGUCCCUCGCGAUCGUCGAUUGCGAAAUUGAUAAAAAAAAUCUUAGAAACAAAACCUAAAUCAUACCAAACAAUAAAAUAUGUGCGAUCCUUCGGAACUUGA